AUCUUACGCACUGCUCAAAACACAAGGCUCUUUCCUUCAUUAAGCAACUCUUAUAGUAGAAGUUAUCUGACGCCAUCAGUUGCGUUUACAAAAGGGGCUCUCAGUUUCUCACUCCCUAAUACUGGAAGCAGGCUGCUGACCAUCCUCAAACACAGACUGCAGGGCAGACAGUGUCUGUUGAGUGCAGUAGCGAUCCUCAUGCUGGUAGGAUCUGAAAGAAGAAAAUCACAGUAGCGUUCAAUCAGUGCCUACUGAAAGAUGGAUGAUGAUGACUUUGGAGGAUUUGAGGCAGCAGAGAGUUAUGAGUUUGGAAAUGGUGAAAAGCAGACCACAUCUCCUGCUAUUGCUUGGGCAGCAUUUCCUACAGUACCUGAAGUCCAUAGAUCUCCUGAUGUUCUCCUGGAGCACUCUGUGCCUUCUUCCUGCCUGCUUCCUUCUGACCCCUUCAUUUUAUCAAGUGAUAAUGUGGCAGCAGCUAUUCAAACAGGCAAGAGUGGGAUAAAUCCAGCUGUUCUUGAAGAACAGGCUCAAGCAGAUAUUCCAGUUGCCUCUUCAAAUGUAAUUGAAGACAAGACUUUAGCUGAUGCUGAGACAAAGAGAGCAAAUGAACCCAAGAGCUGCCUUCAACAAGCUGUUGCAAACCUCGAAAUCAAGCUUUGCAGUGCUGAAGAAGAAAAAUUUAAAAUCAAAAAGGAAUUGGAAUAUUUGCUGGAAAAACAUAGUGUGCUAGAAAUGGAUUUCUUGAAGGAAAAAAAAGAAAAAGUGCUUCCACAUCAAGAUCAUUACAAGACACUCCAGGAAAAGCAUAAGCAGGAAUUAGAAGACAUGAGAAAAGCUGGACAUGAAGCCUUAACUAUUAUUGUUGAAGAAUUCAAGGCACUGCUACAAUCUACAGUUCAGCAGCAAGAAGCAGCUAUUGAAAAGCAGUAUGUAUUAGCCAUUGAAAAGCAUUCUCGCAAAUGUGAAGAGCUCCUUGAUGCCCAGCAUCAGCGACUUCUUGACAUUUUGGAAGCAGAAAAAGAAGUGUUAUCAGAAAAGAUAGAAGAAGCUUUGAUGCAGCAGUCGCAAAAGCACAAGGAAGUGCUGGACAAAUGUUUGGAUGAAGAAAGAAGGAGGAGCAAGGAGGCUCUGGCAGCUGCUGCAAAGGCUGAGAAAGAAGUAGUGCAGGAAGCUGUUCUGAAAGCAGUGGAGGAGGAAAGGAGAAAUAUGGAGAAGAUUCAUGCAGAAGAAAGAAAACUGUGGGAAGCAGAAUGUGAUAGUCAUAAAGAGAAGAUUGCUCAGGCUGUUUCAGAAGCCAUGCAAGAGCAAAGAAAGCAGAAUCAGGAAAUUGUCAAGGAAGCAUUAAUGGAGGAGCAGAAACGAAGUGAAAAGGCAAUCGAAGAAGCAGUAAAAAGGACAAGAGAAGAAAUGAUGGAGUAUAUUAAAGAGCAGAAGAGGCUUGAUGAUGUUGUCCGUCAGAGAAAUCUGCAUAGUUUGGAACUUUUCCUUUCAUGUGCACAGAAACAGUUAAAUGUUUUAUUAAAGGAAGAGCCAACCCCAGAGGAAAACAGAGACUGACAUUCUCAGUGCUGCUGAUACAGUGUGAUUUGUGAAGCUGCAAAUCUCCAUCCAGCAAAUGAUGAAUAUAUUCCAAUCUUUUCGGAUUGUAUCGUCAAGUCAAGAUUGAUCUGAAAUGCUUGAUAGAAAUGUUUGUGGAUGAUGUUCUUUUAUUCAUUUAUUUAUUUUACUACUGUUAUCAGAUAGCAAAUAUGAGAGGGAAAAGAUCCUUGGGGGGAAAAAAGUUUGUUUUAUUUAGGAUUUGUUUUAUUUAGGAUUUUGCUUUCAUUAUAUUUUCUGGUAGCCCAUGGUUGAAGUUCUAGAUAACUGCAGCAGUGAUGAAAACAUUUCCCUGUUAUGUCUGUUUUAAAUUUGGCGUCGUGUUAAUGUGAUUCACUGUAAUUUCUGAUAUUUUAAAAAAUGGAGACAAACAGUUGAUUAUAGAUACAAAUCCAUCUCUAUUUCCAAAGUAUCUGCCCAAGUCCAUUGCCUCAGGUGUGCCUGAGUAGCUUAUUAUUUCUCACGGCUUUUGAUGUAUAACAGAAGAAUCAGUCCUGAAACAUAAGAGUGUUGUCAAGCAUUUCUUAAGUCAUUUAUAAACAAAUCCAGCUCUAGGAACAGAAAAAUUUAAAAACCAAACAGUGCAUCUGUUUAAGGUAGUGCAAAACAUUGCCAUGACCAAUGUAUAGUAUGUAUUUUCUUUCUGUUUUACAGAGCUCGUUCAAUUCCAAAAGUCAUUUUCUCAUGAAAUUACGAUUAAUGUGACUGACUUCAGUUUCAGGAAGAAGAUGUAUGUAAUUAUGUGGAGACUGAUACUGCACUGCCUCAGUGGAAUUUCUGACAGAAUAAGGAGUGCAGCUUGCUGACCUCACAAGCCCUUUCUAAAUGUAUUGAAGGAAGUAGAAAACUCCCCACUGACAUUAUUGGACUUUGGAUCACUCAUAGGUCUUCCUAGACUUGAUAAAUGCAGAUGGAGUGGAAUUUCUGUGCCUAUACUUUAUUGAUUGUAGAUUUGGGGCCUUAGUUAUAGAAGAUUUCUGAAUGAAAUAAGGGGAAAUAAGUGUUAUGCUUAGGUAUGUAAAUAAACUAAGAAUGAUCUCUCUUA